AUGUUUUUCAUUCUUUUAGAUCCGACCGUCAUUUCAGCGAAUUAUCGACGAAUAGUCAGGCAAGGAGAUUUUAAAUUCAUUCUUGGUAAAAGUGUUCCUAUACCUGCAAUGGAUACUGCAGAAAAAAUCACAGACGAAUUUAUAGAAGUUGAAUAUUUUCUCAAGAACAAAAACCGUGUUAAAGAAAUCUUUCUACAACCAGUUCCACAUGAACAUUUGUUGAAAAAAAGCGCACAAAAGCAACCAGGAAUCCCUUUGAACAUUUUAAUCAUUGGUGUAGAUUCACUGUCUCAUUCGAAUACGAAAAGGAAAUUGCCUAAAGUGUAUAAGUAUCUUAAAAACGAACUUAGAUCGAUGUUAUUUAAUGGACAUUCAAUAGUCGGGGAUGGAACCACGGAACAACUGACCGCAAUGUUAACUGGAUUAGGAGAGCUAGAACAGUACGAGUCAAGACGUCAUCAUAAAAAACCCAAACCUGUUGAUGGUUGGUCGUGGAUAUAUAAACAACUUAAAGGUAAUUAAACUGUUGAAGUUUUGGUCGGAACUAAUAUAUGUAUUAGAAUAUUAAUUGAUAUUAUGCUCAACAUCAUUGAAUAAUUGUCAAAUAUCUAAUAACUUUUUUCUGUGUUGGUGUUGUGAACACAGGUGAAUAUGAUGUUUGUGAUGUUACGCUGAGUGUAUAUCCACUGCGAACGAGCUUGAAAACAUGACCGGCCACGGUGGGAAUCGAACCUACGACCUUUGGAAUACUAGCCAAAUGCUCUGCCAACUGAGCUACGCGCUUAGGACGGUUCGAGUAAGUGAUAUUUCGGAACAGACUCUAGUUCCUUCGAUAUCAUCGUAAUCUAGCAAUAGGAUUUUUUCUGUGUUGGUGUUGUGUACUCAGGUGAAUAUGAUGUUUGUGACGUUACUCUGAGUGUAUAUCCACACCGGACGAGCUUGAAAAUAUGCCCGGCCACGGUGGGAAUCGAACCUACGACCUUUGGAAUACUAGCCCAAUACUCUGCCAACUGAGCUACGCGGUCAGGACGGUUCGAGUAAGUGAUAUUUCGGAACAGAAUCUAGUUCCUUCGAUACCAGUGUAAUCUAGUAAUAUGAUUUUUUCUGUCUUGGUGUUGUGUACUCAGGUGAAUAUGAUGUUUGUGAUGUUACUCUGAGUGUAUAUCCACACCGGACGAGCUUGAAAAUAUGCCCGGCCACGGUGGGAAUCGAACCUACGACCUUUGAAAUACUAGCCCAAUGCUCUGUCAACUGAGUUACGCCGUCAGGACGGUUCGAGUAAGUGAUAUUUCGGAACAGAAUCUAGUUCCUUCGAUACCAGUGUAAUCUAGUAACAUGAUUUUUUCUGUGUUGAUGUUGUGUACUCAGGUGAAUAUGAUGUUUGUGAUAUUACUCUGAGUGUCUAUCCACACCGGACAAGCUUGAAAAUAUGCCCGGCGACGGUGGGAAUCGAACCUACGACCUUUGGAAUACUAGCCCAAUGCUCUGGCAACUGAGCUACGCGGGGAGGACGGUUCGAGUAAGUGAUAUUUCGGAACAGAAUGUAGUUCCUUCGAUACCAGUGUAAUCUAGUAAUAUGAUUUUUUCUGUGCUGGUGUUCUGUACUCAGGUGAUUAUGAUGUUUGUGAUGUUACUCUGAGUGUAUAUCCACAACGGACGAGCUUGAAAAUAUGCCGGCCACGGUGGGAAUCGAACCUACGACCUUUGGAUAACUAGCCCAAUGCUCUGCCAACCGAGCUACGCGGGCAGGACGGCUCGAGUAAGUGAUAUUUCGGAACAGAAUCUAGUUGCUUCGAUACCAGUGUAAUCUAGUAAUAUGAUUUUUUCUCUGUUGGUGUUGUGUACUCAGGUGAAUAUGAUGUUUGUGAUGUUACUCUGAGUGUAUAUCCACACCGAGCAAGCUCGAAAAUAUGGCCGGCCACGGUGGGAAUCGAACCUACGACCUUUGGAAUACUAGCCCAAUGCUCUGCCAACUGAUCUACGCGGUCAGGACGGUUCGAGUAAGUGAUACUUCGGAACAGAAUCUAGUUCCUUCGAUACAAGUGUAAUCUUGUAAUAUGAUUUUUUCUGUGCUGGUGUUGUGUACUCAGGUGAAUAUGAUGUUUGUGAUGUUACUCUGAGUGUAUAUCCACAUCGGAAGAGCGUGAAAAUAUGCCCGAUCACGGUGGGAAUCGAACCUACGAAAUAGAUUCUGUUCCGAAUAUCACUUACUCGAACCGUCCUGCCCGCGUAGCUCGGUUGGCAGAGUUUUGGGCUAGUUUUCCAAAGGUCGUAGGUUCGAUUCCCACCGUGGCCGGGCAUAUUUUCAAGCUCGUCCGGUGUGGAUAUACACUCAGAGUAACAUCACAAACAGCAUAUUCACCUGAGUAUGCAACACCAAAACAGAAAAAAUCAUAUUACUAGAUUACACUGGUAUCGAAGGUACUAGAUUCUGUUGCGAAAUAUCAGUUACUCGGACCGUCCUGAGCGCGUAGCUCAGUUGGCAGAGCAUUGGGCUAGUAUUCCAAAGGUCGUAGGUUCGAUUCCCACCGUGACCGGGCAUAUUUUCAAGCUCGUCCGGUGUGGAUAUACACUCAGAGUAACAUCACAAACAUCUAAUAACUUCUAGUUGAACACUGUCUGAUGUGCGACAGCGUCCAGUGAAAACCAUUUUUUAAUGCCAGGUCAGUACUUUUGACCAGUGUAGCACUGUUAUUAGCAUCACUUUUGUCCCCGAGCCGGCGGCGCGAAGCGCCGUUCGAGGGUACUAAUUCCGCACGGCUAAUUAUACCCGGGUAUGUGAAAACAUAGCGGACUGCAAAGCAUUGGUGCAAAGUUGUCCUCCAUUUUGUUUUUGUCAUGGACGGUUUUCGACGUUCUGCGCAUGCGCGAGUACAAAAUCUGUUGAAGUUAAUUGCUGUUCAUUUUGAAAGGACGUAUUUUGCUGUUUUACAAGCAAUUUUUUGUUUUAAAUUUCGUUAAAAAGUUUAAGAAAGUACAACACUUUUUUCCCUCGAUUUUAACUGGAAAUAAGCCUGCAGUUUCAUGAAUUAGUGGCUGUUCAGCCGUGAAACAAAGUUUGUAGUAGUCUAAUAAUUGUUUUGAUGUUUUGAUGUUGAUAUCUUUGAUAAUUUAAUCGUUGUUCUGCCGGUUUGGGUAAGUGUAAACAUUUCAGUAGUAAAAUGCCAUGCCGUACUUGCUUUGUGUUGUCGGUUUUAUUCAUAUCUUCGAAAUUUUUAAGCCAUUCUUAACUCUUUCUCGACAAUCGGUUUCGUAUUACAUUUCGAUACAAUUCACUUUAAUGGAAGCUGGUAUGCAGUGAAUAUCACGGCAUCAGUUGUAUUUUUGUGUUGGUUUAUAAUGGUCUUAAUACUUUAUGUGGGGUUUUUAUACUUCAUCUGUUAAGAAUGGCGAGGGGUUGCUGCAUGCAUGUAUUUUCUAGUUAUAACGUAAUUCCUUCAUGUUUGUGUGCUCAUUAUAUAGAAACUGGUUACUUGACUGGUUAUUCGGGUGACGAUCCCGGGAUUGGUCCAUGGCAAUACAGACUGAUGGGCUUCACGAAUCCACCAACCGAUUUCUACACAAGACCAUUUUAUGCCAUGGCUGCAAAGCUGAUUAAAAAACCGAACAUCUGCUUAGGUUCCAGGACUAUAUCAAAAGUUCAGUUUGAUUACAUUCGAGAAGUCUUUGAUAUGUUCAAGAAUAAACUGAAGUUCUUUUUCUCAUUCAACG